AUGAAUCUCGAAAAACCUCUAUAUGGGAGUGAAGGCAGAUCUCACGCUCGAUAUUCUCGCAGUUUUGACCAUUCACGUAGCGAUGUUCAACUCGUUGUCGCUGGUGUCUCGGAAGCAGAUGAAAAUCCAAGAUCAUCAGUGAAAAAAUUCCCGCACCGUGGGCUAGAAGAUCUGGAGCAGCAAGAGAGGAAAUACCAGUCUGAGUCUGAGAAUGGAAAGCAGAAAUCGAGACUCCGAGAGGAUGAUCGCAAGGGCCAUCUGGAUGUCCUACUACGUGCGACUGAGCAAUUCCUAGCUCAAGGGGAGAUCGCGAAAGCAGCGAAAGCGUUUGGAAUCGUUCUUCAACUGAGGCCUCGGGCUGAAGCCAUCGACAUUCGUCUCCACCAUCUUUGGGCAAUUGGGUCGGAGAUCCUGAUGCGGCAGAGAGAGCAGCUGAAGGAGAUUGACGAGCAGCUAUUCACUGGUAGCAAUGAGACUCAAAAGGUCGCACCACGAUGGGGUUCUUCCAGCAACAUGAGCGAGCUUAAGUCGUACUUUGAGAUAUUGAUUCGUCAAUACGCAUACGAUCAUAAAAUGCCACACAAGGUCUCAGCAGUCGACUUCUGGCUGGCCCUGCUUAGCUGCGAGUUAAGCACCAUCUACGCAGAGCAUUUGAGGGGCAUCGCUCAUCUGGAAGCUGAAGCGAGACUUCAACAAGGGGACUCUACACAGCGUGAUACUGUUCUGUCGUCGUCACCAAAUACGAAUGAGUCUCUUGGUGGACGAUCUGAUUUUGAGAUCGUGGACUCUGGGCUGCAUUAUGAGACGAAAAUGGACUGGGCAAACCAAAGAGAAGCAAUUAGCCAACGCACCCUCACAGGCCUACGAGAUAUUAACCAAAGGAUGGAGAAACUAGUCGACCAAUUGCCUUACUCCAAAAACGAGAGCUUUCUACAGUUAAGAGAGAUAACGUCACUUCUCUCCAUUGACUUGAGUUUACUAAAUUCUAGCACCUCAAGGCCAUAG